UCCCGAGCCUCGGGAUGAGGACACAUGCCUCGAGGCCCCCCAGGGGAGAAGUCUGGGUCUCAGGAAGCAGAUACUUGGAGGACAGAGGGCGAGAGGCUCAUCUUUGGCACCCUGUACCCAGCCUAUUCUUCCUACAAGGCUGUGAAGACAAAAAACGUGAAGGAAUAUGUGAAAUGGAUGAUGUACUGGAUCGUCUUUGCCUUCUUCACCACGGCCGAGACACUCACGGAUAUAGUGCUCUCCUGGUUCCCCUUCUACUUUGAGCUCAAGAUCGCCUUCGUGAUAUGGCUGCUGUCCCCCUAUACCAAGGGCUCCAGCGUGCUCUACCGCAAGUUUGUGCACCCGACACUCUCCAACAAGGAGAAGGAAAUCGACGAGUACAUCACGCAGGCCCGAGACAAGAGCUAUGAGACCAUGAUGAGGGUGGGCAAGAGAGGCCUGAACCUGGCUGCCAAUGCUGCAGUCACGGCUGCUGCCAAGGGCCAGGGGGUGCUGUCAGAGAAACUCCGAAGCUUCAGCAUGCAGGACCUGACCCUCAUCCGGGACGAGGAUGCACUGCCCCUGCAGGGGCCCGAUGGCCGCCUCCGACCCGGCCCUGGCAGCAUCUUGGACACCAUCGAGGACUUAGGAGAUGACCCUGCCCUGAGUUUAAGGUCCAGCACAAACCAGACAGAUCCCCGGACAGAGACCUCUGAGGACGACAUGGGAGACAAGGCUCCCAAGAGGGUCAAACCCAUCAAAAAAGUGCCCAAAACUGAGCCACUGGCUUCCAAGACACUGAAGAACCGGCCCAAGAAGAAGACCUCUGGCGGCGGCGACUCGGCCUGAGGUCCUCCACCCCCCACAGGCUGCAGAAGGAGGAGGAAGCCUCAGGAAGGGCCUUGGCCCAGCCCCUGCUCCACACUGUGCCAACAGCCCAGGUCUCUCUGGCCCUGGGGCACCUUCAGACGGCCGUUUCCGGCGCCUGCCCAGUGGCCACUCCUCUGGACGGGGUUUGGAAAAGAGGAGGGCGGCCCAGCUGUGGGGGUUGAGGCUAGAGGCUGGACCGGGGCUGAGGACGGAGCCACCCAAGGAGGUGGGCUCCUCAGCCAGCACCGCUCUCCUCCCCGUCCAGCCCUGCCUGCCCACCCAGUGCCUUGCUGAAGACCAUGGCCAUCCCCUUCUCCGAGGUCCUAACAUGCCCCGGCCGCUCUCCCUGGCUUGGGAGCAGGGAGGGGGCAGUCAUAGCCCGGAUGGACCAAGGAUGGGCCUGAAGGCACCUGGGAGAAAGGGAGCAACUGGGGAAGGCCUCGGGGAACCCGGGCGGGGCCUCCAGGCUUAGCCGGGAAUGGAGGAUGGGGUUCGCGUGUGCUUAAAUGACCAGAGUGGCCAGGCCAGAGCUGCAGCUGGGGCUUUUCUCCGAGCUGUGGAUAGGGCUGCGUGCUACAAGUCCCCACAUAAAAAGGGGCUCCAAGGAUGUGCGUGUGUAUGUGUGUCUUUGUGGGCCCAGGGCUGGGGGGAGUUUGGGUCAAGGACUGUCCGUCCAGCAGUCCCUUCCUCCCACCCUCAGCCCCACAGUCUGAGGCCCUUUCCGCCUCCCAACCUUCCCACCUAGUCUCUAGGCCCAGCCCGUGAGAGAAUGGGGUUUUGAGGGGCCUCUCACUUCCUCCCCUGCCCUGGAUUCCUUUCACAUCACCCUGUUCUCACCUUGCCCUGGGCUGGACUCCUCCACUCCUCAGGGCCUGUGGUGCAGGGCCCUUCUGAGCUGGCUUCUUGCCUCUUCACCUGGAGCCCAGCCUCCCUUGCCCCAGGAUCCCUUCUCUGUGCCAAGCAGACUAGGCCGCAUAUGGGCAGACCCCGUCAGAGCCCAGCCUCCGCCCCACACCACCCCGGCUUCUGCCAUGGCCAGGAGAAGCAUGUGAAGAAGAAAGAGAAAUGCAGGAGCCAGGAGCUCCUAUUCCUUGGAAAGGGGAUGCCCACUGGACCUUUGGCACUGGAUGAGCCAAUAAACCAAACUCUGGCACCUCA